UGUCAGUUCGCCAGAAGAGGGCAUUCGGAUUCUGUCUGACAAAGUUAUGGUGCGACAGGCGGUUGUGGUUAACCACUCACAAUCCUGCUGCAUCUCUGUACUGUCGGGAACUGUACAGGAGAGGAGAAACAUUCCCGAUGGAGUGGAGUACACUUCCAAACAAUAUUCUCUGAGUGCAAUAAUUUUGGACUGGAUUGAAAUUCUCUUAAACAUCACAAUUCUUAUUUGUAACAAAAUAUCCACGGAUUAAUCUACGGUACGCAUCAUCAUCUCGGGAAAGACAGUGUUUGCGCAUUAUGCUGCGAUGGAAUACACUGAGGUGGAUGGGGAUUGCUGGGAUUUCCAUAAGUUUGACUUGUGGUAGAUAACUUGGAUUUGGAAUCGCGCGUCUUCGGUUCUGUUUGUGACUUGAUGUAAAAAUGUUAGGAUUUAAAAUGGAUUCUUUCUGUUCGAGUGGAUGUUUAUUGUGAACAUUUUGUUUUGAGGGGAAUUAAAAGAUAUGGUCAGUGGUCAGUCAGGAGAGACUGAAGAUUUCCCGCGUCUGCUCUGCGGUGGAGGACUACAGGCGGGAACGUGCGCGUGUGGAAGAACCGAACCAUCUGAAGAGAGCGCGUGCCAUGCCGUUUCGGGUCUCGUGCGGUAGAAAGCUGUAAAACCUGUGGCGAGGAGUUUACUGAGACGCGGUGAUGGGCUUUGCCAUGAGGCACCGCUGGUUCAUGGUGCCACUGCUAAUGCAGGCAUGGCUCUCUGCCACUCCUUGCUUUGGUGAGCGUCCUUGCCCUCGGAGCUGCCGAUGUGAUGGCAAGAUUGUAUACUGUGAGUCUAGUGCAUUCCGUGAUGUUCCCAAGAACCUCUCUGGUGGCUGUCAAGGCCUCUCCCUGCGGUAUAACAGCUUGGCAAGCCUAAAGGCUGGACAAUUUGUUGGCCUCAACCAGCUAAUUUGGCUGUACCUGGACCACAACUACAUUGCCAAUGUGGAUACACGUGCUUUUCAAGGGAUACGGAGGCUCAAAGAGCUAAUAUUGAGCUCCAACAAGAUCACAAUUCUGCAUAACACCACAUUUCACCUGGUACCAAACUUGAGAAACCUUGACCUUUCUUACAACAAGCUACAGGCUCUGCAACCAGGGCAGUUCCAGGGUCUACGCAAGCUACUAAGUUUGCACAUGCGCUCCAAUUCCCUUAAGAAUCUUCCCUCUCGCCUUUUUCAGGACUGUCGUAAUCUUGAGUUCCUUGACCUUGGCUACAACCGUCUGCGCAGCAUUACUCGCAAUUCAAUGUCUGGCCUGCUGAAGCUAACUGAGCUGCAUAUUGAGCAUAACCAGUUCUCCAAAAUCAACUUUUUCAAUUUCCCACGCUUCUAUAACUUACGUGCUCUUUACCUACAGUGGAACCGCAUUAGGACCAUGAGUGAAGGCCUUACGUGGACCUGGACAUCAUUGCAGAAGCUGGACCUUUCAGGAAAUGACCUGCAGGAGAUAGAUGCAGAAGUGUACCGGGCCAUGCCGAAUCUGCAGACACUUAACCUGGAUUCAAACAAGCUUGUCAAUGUGUCUCAAGAAGCUGUGGAUGCCUGGAUCUCUCUGACUGCAAUUAGUCUGGCAGGAAAUAUGUGGGACUGUGGACCAGUUGUGUGUCCGCUAGUGGCCUGGCUGAGAACCUUCCGUGGAAACAAAGAAAUUAAUAUGAUUUGCGCAUCACCCAAAGAAGUCCAAGGGGAGAAGGUUAUGGAUGCAGUUGACGCCAAUAGAGUUUGCAUGAUUGCCCCUGCUAUGCCAUCAACUGUAAUUGCUCCCUCUACCCCUUUUGUUGCCUUUGCACAGACCCCAGCCAGCUCUUUUGUCCCGACUCUUAAAUCUGGAGACAGCAGAGGGGGCCUGGGGACAUCCUUGGAAGGUACCACCUCUUCAGCACCUUCUCAGCCCGCUGUCCCACCACCUGAGCAAGACUUUGAACCAGUAUCAUUCCACAAGAUAGUGGCAGGAAGUGUUGCCCUUUUCCUGUCAGUUGCAAUGAUCCUCCUGGUAAUUUAUGUCUCGUGGAAGCGCUAUCCAAGCAGUGUAAAGCAGCUGCAGGAAAACUCGGCUGCAGCUCGCAAACGUCGGAAAAAGUCACGGGAGACAGAGCGCACUCUCAGCACACCAUUGCAGGAGUACUAUGUGGACUACAAGCCUAAUAACACAGAGGGCACAGAUGUGCUAGUCAAUGGUACUGGACCAUGCACCUACACCAUCUCUGGCUCCAGAGAAUGUGAGGUCCCUCACCAGAUGAGCACGCUGACCUUCUACAGGUACGAGCAGCCCAUAGUGGACUACUGCCAGGCGCAUCAACCCCUGCGGCUCAACAUGAGUUACGAUGGUCCCCCCCAAAGCCUGGAGGGGCUGGAGGAGCUUCCCCCCCGCGAGAGGAGCACCAUCCAGACUGUGGCCCUUCCGGCAGUGCCCACCAUCAACUCGGGCACCGUGGGACCCUGCUCCCCACCCAGCCAGAGAGCGCCCAUGGAGGGGCCCAGCAUCCCCUACCCCACCACAGAACGCUCCAUUAACUAUCCAACAACAGAACGUUCCACCAGCACCCUCACUUUUAGACGCUAACAGCCCCGCUCGUAUAGCAAGGCAUGAUGGGUAAUUUCAAAAGAGGCUGUGCCUGGGUGGUGAUCCACAUUCUGCCGGCAUUAACGCAGCUGCGCGUCUGAAAACUGUGCAUACUGCUGCGCGCUAACUGUUUCUCGCGAAUAUAGAGAAGUGAAAAUCAUUCCCAACGACGUCGCUGGAGGACACGAGGAUCUGGCAUACGGUACACUUCUAUUGUGGAGUGUAGUGUAUUCUGGAAAAUGGGAUUCCAUUUGUCUUUUUCCAUCUUUUCUUUGUUCCGAAUCAAAGGCCAAUACAUGUUUUGUUGUCCCCGUUCUGCUCAAUGGCAAAUUAAAAUCCAAUGCAACAUGCAUGAGACGUUAAACGUGGCUUUGGUUUCAUUCAGCCCUCGCUCUGCACUGACGCUAGGACGGCUUCUCUGAGGAGUAGAUAAUGGCGAUUCUCCCAUGCUGAGUGAAGAAUGAAUAGGAAUGUGCAAUAAACAAGGUUUUUUUUUAUUUUUUUU